AUGGGGAACAGAAGUUCAAAUAAUUAGCAUUCAAAAAUUGGUUAGGAAGCCAAAUGUCCAAAUUGUGAUCGUAAGUUUGGUCCCUCUACUACCUACUUUGUUCUUAAUAGCCAUAUAGAUCAUUGUCUACUUCAUUAAUAACCAAUACAUAAUGUUGAAUUUCAAAUGCCUUAAACUUAAGAUUAAUUAGGAGAUAAUUAUAUUUGGGUGAAGUAAAACAAUCAAUGGAAAAGAAUCCAAUCAUAAGUGAAUGGCGGCUAGAUAUACGUAAGAACACUUUAUCAAUUUUAUUAGAAUUUAAGUGCUCAAGAAAUUAAGAAUCGAUCUUUUCCUGAAAAAUAAAUGUGGUUCAAUCUUUAACUUGAAAAAUUUCGUAUUCCUUGGCAAUUAGGAUCCGACAAAUUGAAUGUCAAUCUUAAUGAUCUAUUAUAAACUUCUCUGGUUUCAGCAAGAAGUGUUAAUUUUUAUAAAGAAGUCAAAGUAGUAUUUUAGAACGAUAAAGUCUAAGAUGCAGGAGGCUUAUUAAGAGAAUGGUUGACUCUGAUUUUUAAAGAAAUGUGUAAGGACAUCUUUACAUUGACCGAGACCAAUGAUGUUACCUAUAAAAUUGCUAAAAAGAGUCAAUAUUUUGAUUUAGCUGGUUUAGCAAUAGCAAAGGCUCUUUUUGAAAGAAUGACUAUUUGCGUUGAAUUUGAUCGACCUUUAGUUAAGAAAUUGCUUGGUUAAGAAAUCUCAUUUUAAGACAUGCAACACUAUGACAAAGGUUUAUUUUUGAGUUGGAAAUAUCUACUUGAAAAUUAAUUUGAUGAAAAUCAAUUAUAAUAAUAUUUUAUCAUAUGUAAAGACGAUGAAAUAAUUGAAUUAAAAUAAAAUGGGGCUGAUGUUUUGGUAACAAACUAAAACAAACAAGAAUUUGUUGAUUUAAGGUAUGAAUUGUUACUAUUAUUAUUAUGAAGCAUCUAAUUCUAUAGUGAAAAAUUAAUAACACAAUAGCUUGCUUAAAUCUAAAGCUCCUUAUAUAAAUAUAUUCCAUAGGAUUUUUUAAAUAUUUUCACGGCUGAAGAAUUUGAAAUGAUACUUUAUGGUGUACCUAUUGUAGAUUUAGCUGAGUGGAAAUAGCAUACAAUAUAUAAAACACCAUAUGCUGAAAAUUCUCAAUAAAUACAGUGGUUUUGGAAGAUAUUAUCAGAAUUCGAUCAAGAUUAAUUAAAAAAGUUCUUGCAUUAUUGCACUGGUUCUUAUAGAAUACCAGUUAAGUAUUUAAUUCAUUAUUGCAUUUUAUAUAGUGGUUUUAGUAAACUUGAGUCAAAUAGAGGAAUGUAUUCAAAAUUUUAGAUAGUUCCUAUUGAUUAUAAAAAUUCCAAUUCAUUUCCGAUAGCUCACACAUGCUUCAAUAGGCUCGAACUUCCAAAAUACACUAGCUAAGAACUUAUGCGAAAAUUUUUGAGAUCUAUUGUUCUUAAUGAUCUCGAAGGAGUUUUCGGAAUGGAAUGAAUAAUUAAAU